UUUAGUGGAUUUCAAAAUGGCUGCACAGGCUGUGAAAACCCGUCAGACUGCGGCAAUUAUCGAAGGAACCCACACAGAAGUGUUUUGUUCUGCUUAUCAGGACAGAAUCUUUUUGAUCGUUUCACAGUUUGAGAAGAUUGGAACGUUGGUUAGUGUAAAUAGGAUGUCUCCAACAGAGAGCUCAUCCAAAAGAGAGGCACAGACAUUCAACACAAGAAUACUCAUGGGCAGUGAUGAGGAAAUCUGGCAUGUUUAUGCUAAACAGAUUGGAGCCCUUAUAACUGAGCAUGCCAGCAAACCAGUUCUUUUGGGUAUUGCACUCAAGAAACAUUCACCACAGAUACUACAGCAGAUUUUAAAACUACUUGAAACAAAUAGAGUCUGGUGAUAAAGUUUACCUGUCUUAGACAGGAAAUGUACAGAUUCCUACACAACAAUAAUUAUUGCAAUUAUUUACAAA